CAUUCUUUCUUUACUGUCAGGUUCUAAUGCCUCCAUAUUGUCGAGUCUAUGCUCAAGAAAGGAAAUUUAAGUGUCUCACAUUGUUGACCUCAACAAUCCCUAGUAUCCAAACGAGCUUCUUUUAGUGGUGUGUAGUGUCCCAUUGGGACCACUCAGUGAGAAUUGUGUGCUGCAUCACAUGGUUGAGCUCAACAAGUUGUGCCCUAACAAGCUUUAAGUGCUGCAGAGUUAAGUUUCCCCCUGUAACCAAUCAAGAUGAGUUUUCUAAAGAUAUUUGGAGGGAAGAAGAAAGAUGCACCCCCAACCACUGGAGAUGCCAUCCAAAAGCUCCGCGAGACAGAGGAAAUGUUAAUAAAAAAACAGGACUUCUUAGAAGCCAAGAUUGCACAAGAACUCCAAAAUGCCAAAAAGCAUGGCACCAAAAAUAAGAGAGCUGCCAUCUCUGCUCUGAAGCGAAAAAAGAGGUAUGAGAAACAGCUCCAGCAAAUUGAUGGCACCCUGUCAACAAUCGAAAUGCAGAGGGAGGCUUUGGAAGGAGCGAACACGAACACAGCUGUUCUCACCACAAUGGAUGAAGCUGCCAAGGCUCUCAGAGCUGCACAUAUGCACAUGGAUGUUGAUAAGGUCCAUGACAUGAUGGAUGACAUUGCGGAACAACAAGAAGUGGCCAGGGAGAUCUCAGAUGCAAUCUCCAACCCAGUGGCCUUUGGUCAGGACAUUGAUGAGGAUGAACUUGAGAAGGAAUUGGAAGAACUGGAGCAGGAGGAAUUAGACAAGGAACUGAUCAUGGCAGAUACCCCAACAAUGCUUCCGAACCCUCCCACGGCAGAACCAGCUGUACCCGCUCGACCUUCUCGCCCAGUUCCUGCAAGACGUCAUGCAGAAGAAGAUGAUGAAGACAUGAAAGAGCUGGCUGCCUGGGCAUCAUAAAAGUGGGCAUAGCAGAUGCAGUGUAAAUGAAUGUGCCUCAUGUGAUACCAAUGGACACAGCAUCCUGAUUCACUCACAAUAAUACAGGCUUUGGUUGAAAAGAAGGUGAAGUAUGAAUUACCAGAGUGCUUUGCAUCUUUCCAUUCCCUCAUCUGCUUGAAACUUGAUGAUUUUUAGAGAUUCUAUUGUGCAGUCUCUGUGACAGUUCACAGUGGUCAUACUGUUCUUUCUGGAAAUAAAUGUCUAGCCCUGCUGCCUUUUUCCUGAUUGUGGCUAAUUUUUAAAAAUUGUUUGAUUCUCUGCCCC